GGCUUUAAUUUGAAUUGUUAGGGGGACAAAAACGUAAACAGGAGCGUUAGAUCCACGACUCCUCAGCGCAGGAUGCUGACACAAACACGUUGCCUUGGCUCUCCUACAACGCGGGGUGACUCAAGCAGCAGACAUAGAUGUUCUCGUUAAGAGGAGAGACUGACGCUCCUAUUCCCGCGACAUCAUCAUCCCACUCGAGUGGAGCUCCACGGUGUGCGGUGUGAUGCUCAGUCCUGCACAGUAGCAGCUACAGGAGGCGUGCUUGUUCCUGCCACGGGAGCCCACAGGAGGAGGAGGAGGAGGAGGAGGUCCACUGGAGCAGAGGCCAGCAGGUUUUAACCGGGCAUUUGACACACGGUGAAAGCGGGCGCAGUUUUUUUUCCUUUUUUUUGGAGGGGGGGUAGCUUUGCCCCCCCGCCUCUACCCGAGCGAUGGCAGCCACGGAUCGAUCAGCGGGAGCGCGUUGAGGCUCUGAGUGAUGCAGUCUCUGUUCGGCGGAGGGGAGCUGGGGCUGCUGGGAGGCGGCGGCGACACAGGGGGCCUGAAGGAGGAUGGCUGCGGCAGCGUGGCGUGGAACUCCUCCGCCCUGCCCCCCGACGACGUCUACUCAGCCUCCCACUUUGCCCUCAUCACCGCCUACCAGGACAUCAAGACGAGGCUGGCCUGUCUGGAGCGGGAGAACACCAGUAUCAAGAGGAAGCUCAAGAUGUAUGAGAUCAAGUUCCCAAUGAUCAGCGAGUUUGGCGAGAACACAAACUCCUACUGCUCCUUUGAGAGCAAAGAGACGGCGCUGCUGCACUCAGAAAAUGACAACCUGCAGCAGAGAGUCAACAUCCUGACCCACGAGCUCCAGAAGAGAAAGGAGCGAGAGGAGCAGCUGGAGGAUGUGAUCCAGGCCUACGAGAAGAUUCACAUGGAGAAGAGCAACCUCCAGAGGGACCUGGACAAGAUGACCAGCCUGGUGGAGAAGCAUGUCGAGCGGAUCCUGGGCCUGGAGUCAGCUCUGAGGCAGAGGGACAACAACCUGCAGAAGCUCAACAUGCAGCUGCACAGCAAAGACAUGCAGUAUCUGCAGCUGCACGCCGGCCCGGACGCACACAUGCUGGACUGCCCAGCCUUGACCCUUCAGAGCUCCCGCAGCCUGGACGCCCUGUCCGACCUGAAGCUGCAGCAGCUGGAGGCGGAGCUGGAGGGGGCCCGGCACGAGGCCCAGGGGGCAUGUCAGCGGGAAGAGGAGCUCAAGGGGGAGUGUGAGAGGCUGAAGGACGAGAUGAGGAAGCUGCAGAACAGCCAGAGGGACAGGGAAAUGACUUCUCCGUGCAAGCAGUGUGAUGUGGAGUGGAUAAAGAAGGUGGGAGAUGAGCAGGUGAAUCUGGCUCUGGCCUACACAGAGUUAACAGAGGAGCUGGGACGCCUGCAGACCCUGAGCUCCAAGCAGACGGAGAUCCUGAGGAAAGCGUCACAGGAGCAGGCUAGUCCAGUCCAGCGUCACUCGCCCAUCCACCACCAGCGCCACUCUCCAGUAUCUCAGCGCCACUCACCCAUCUCACAGCGCCAUUCUCCAGUCCCUCCGCCGCACCACUCCCCGAUCCAGCAGAGACGUUCCCCAGUGCUGCAGCGCCUCUCCCCAGACAUGCACCGCCGCUCCCCCCUGCUGGACGUCAACGACGGCCCGGCGUCCUACUCCUGCCGGCCACCCAGUCAGCACCUGAGGGCCAGCUUCCAGGGUCGUCGCAGCUACUCCGAGGUCACGGACCCCUCGGCCUACCAGUGCCCGCCCCGCUUCUCCCUGGACCCCGUCUCCACCCUGCCAAAGCCCCGGCCCUACACUGAAGGUUACCCAAAACAACAGCCCCAACAUGUGGGCUCCCCUCACGGUGGACUGCAGCACAGAGGCUCCCCAUCUCCUCAUCAGGGUGGUGCAGGAGGAGGAGACAGCGAGAGCUCCAUGCGCCACUCGAGAGAGAUGCCGUUCCCACUGUCCGAGGUGGCUCACCUCCAUUUUGAGCCCCCUCCUCCUUCCACACCGGCCCCCCAUCCGCCACAGUCCUCUGAAGAUGAGGAGGAGUGGACCUGCCCGCAUCCCAUCAGCCCGCCGAGAACGCUGGGCGUGCUCUCUGCCGCCGUGCCCAGCGGCGUCAUGAGGGGCCCAGCAUCGUGCUCAGCCUUCCCCAUCCCUCAGAGGCCUAACACCCUCAGCUGCCACCCGCAGCCGGGGUACAUGUCAGCAGAGCACGCUCAGUCCUGGCCUUCUAUCAAUCUCUGGAUGGAGACCGAGGAGAGUGACAUGCGAAGCUGCCCUCUGUGCCAGCUCAUCUUCCCUGUCGGGUACCCUGACGACGCCCUCAUCAAGCACAUCGACUCCCACCUGGAGAACAGCAAGAUCUGACUGCCACGACUGCUCUCUUCCUACGGGUUACGUACGAGACUGGCAGACCCGGCCGAAUGGAAAGUCAAACUUAGAAUCCCAGGCGAUCCAUUUUACUGGUGCAAAACCAGUUAGCUAUGUGUGAUAAUCUAGAGGUAGGGAUGCAACAUGGGCGCGGGGAUCUGUUGUAUUUGGGGAGUAUUUAAACACAGGUCUGUGACGGAUCUGUGAGUCCACAUGCAGUGAGUCCCUCGCUGAUCGCUCCUUGAGACAGCGCUGCCUGUAUAAUCAGCGGCUCUGGUUGCUGCCGUUUUGUUGUGAGUCCUGUUGUGUGGUUUCAGACAGUUUGAGGUGUCGUGUUGUUUUUUUUAUUUUGCUUCACAGCUUCACACACACUUUGAUUUAGCAACGUAAGCCAAAGACGAGGUAUGAGGGGGCAGGAUGGAAGGCUCAGGAAGCGCUGCAUGUCAGGAAGUUAGUUUUGGUGUUCAUCAGUACGAAGAUCUGAGGCGUCUAUUUUCAAACUAUUCUCACCACUCAGCUUUAAACACCGUAGACCUGUUUGGACAGUUUCUCUCGCACACAUAGGACAGUUUAUUUCGUACAGGAUUCUGUGCAUUAAGCGCCAAGGAGAAGUGAUCUGGUAGAAGCUGGCUUACCAAAACGAUGUGACAGAUUUACAAAGUCAUGUGGGGUGAUGAUUAGUCAUUUGAUUGAUUGAUUUGACAAGAUUUUAAGUGUUUUAGGAUUAACUCUGACUGACUGUCUGCCAAUCAGGGCUUGAUGCCAGCUCACUUUCGCUUCUCGAAAAGGAGGAAGUUUGUUUCUGUGGCAGUUAAAGUGUAAAACAUUCCAGUCUCACUUUUCAUCUACCGAUAAAAGCUGGGGAAUAUGAAUAUGAAAGUAUGUUUGAAUAUAGGUGGUUUUACCCAAGCGGAGUUAUGAUGAUGCCCUGCAGGGUGGGGCACUGAUGUGUCUUAUUUAUAAGCGGAAGGACAUUUUUUUCUGUCAGAAUAUACCUUUAUGCUUGCGGCCUGUUCAAAAAAAAAAAAAUCAGUAUCUCAAAAAGUAUCUUAGCACUUUAAGUUAGCAUAGCCUAUACAAUGUACCUGUUCUCAGUCCCCAUAUAUAUUUUCCAUGUAUAAUUUAAUAUUUAUAUUGUCAAUCUUUAAGGCAAAAAAAAAAAGAAGAUAUAUUUUUGCAAAUGUUAAUGCACCACAUGUCUCAUGUCGGUGUCUCUCCCAUGUGCUCACACACUGCUGUAAAUAGAGAAGUCAAAGAUCAAAAUCUCACAUCACGGGAUUCCUGUGCAAAGACUUUAAAAUUAGCAACUGGGAUUCUCAUCGGUCUUCCUAAAGAGCUGACCUUCAAAACAGUUUGAUGUCACAACUGCCCAGACCACCCAACAAAAAAGAAAAGAAAAUAACGCAGGAACACACAGCGGCUGCAUGAGAUCAGGACGUGCGACCUGCCCUGAGGAGAAAGUGGCAGGCUUUUUAGUGUACUGUAUUUCUAUCAGAAACAUCAUCUCCAGUCAGCAAAGUUGUCUCUGCAGGGUUUCAGCAAUGCCAAUACUCUUCUUUUUGAUACAUGGGCUUAGUUUUUAAUCACAAGUGGAAUCUUAACUUCAGAUCUGCUUGUGGGACUCGAACUUCUUUUUGAGAAAAAAAAAAACAACAAAAAACCAAGUUACACUGAUGUCAGCUAACCUGAGGCGUUCAGUUACAUGUGCAGUCGCUAACGUGGGGAUGUCCCUACUCUCGCACCCCUGCAUUUAAACUGGUUUGAAGUUACUGAUGAGCACACAGGACACUGACUGUGGCAGCAGGAUGAUGUAGGACAAAUUUCUGACAAAAGUCCUAGCAUUGGCUAACUUCUGCCCACCUGAAGUACCCUUGAGCAACACGCUGAAGCUCUACCAGCUCUGGAGGAUUCGUUCCAGGCUACGACUUUCCUAUGAAGGUUUAGAGAAAAGAGAAUUUUUUUAAUAAGGGAGUCAAGGAUUAUCAGAUUAAAGGAGGACUCUGGUUUAUUACCUUUUAUUGUAGUGGGUUUGGUUUCGAUAACACUGUGCUCACCUAGCAAACUGCUAAAAUCUGGGAAAGCAGCAACACCUUUAAAAAAAAUUUAAAUAAAAUAAAGUGCUGUUGUUAGCCAGCCAGAUGAGCUCCUGUCAGUGAGAAAAGUUUGUCUCUAUUUUUUUCCAUUUUAUUCAAUGAAACAUUACUGAAGAUGGGACAUAAAGCUCUCAAAGCUCAUUAGCUUAGCUUUGUCACUGAUAGAGUUCACAGUUUAUUUUUAAAAAAACAAAAUAUUUGUACCAUAAUUUGUCUAAUAAUUACUUUCUUGUAGAACAGUUUUUGUCCUGCAAUAGAGGCAGUUAAAUAAAACUGGACAGUACAGCUCAGCUGAGAAGCUACGAUAGCUUCCUCCAUCUUGAAUUCUCUGGCUUUCUUUUUCCCUCAGAGAUCAGCGUGGGUCAAAGUUCUCCCAAGUAAAAUUUACUUGGAUUUUUACUCGAAAUUUAUUUGAAUUUAGAUUUAGUUUUUGCAAUCACUGUUGAGACUGAACAGUCCUCAAAAUGAACUUUAUCCAUUUUUAGGUCAAGACAAAAAAACAAAACAAAACAAAAAGUGAAUCUAGAGUUUAUAGUGGAGGCGCUUUGCCUUUCCUGAAAUAAAGUCAGAGGAAGUGAUGGCACCUUUAUGCAGAGCAGAGGUCACAUGCUCAAGGGGUAAAUAGUAAAUAAACUGGUUUCAGUUGAACAGUUGAUCAUGUGUCAGGAUUUGUUUGAUCAGUGGAUGACACUGAUUGAUUUAUCACAUUUUGGCAUCAGUUAAUCAGAGAGCUCAAUGACUAAACUCACUGAAGUCGGAAGCUUUGUGUCGUUAUGUUGUUUGCAUCGAUGGCAUCUUGAUCAGCCAGAGAAUUUAUUUAAACCAGACCUCUGCCUCAUCCUGUGGCUGAAAUCAGAAAGAAAAAGAAAUCAGAUUGUGGGGGUGCACCUGCCACCUCCACAAUCCACUUCCUGUGGGGAAACCCUGAAAACAAUUCAGAAUUUCAUCAGAAAAAGGCUGACAUUCAAAGCUGAAAAAUGAACAAUUCCAUACGUAAGAAAUUAGACUUUCUAACCUCCCACCACAUUAAUCAUCUUCAUGACCCCUUGUGGUGGCCAUCUGCUGCCAUUCCUCCCCGUCACACUUGUUUUUGGCAGUUUUGUCACACUCAAAAGUUUUUAGCAGUUUUCUUGGUAAUUGCAGUGUUAACUGAAAAAACGGACUCUAAAUAAACUGGAAUUGUCCUUUAAGGAACUACAUCCUGAGGUGUACAGUGAGGCAGUACUGAGAUAACUGACCAUGAAAAAAUCGAAGAGGGCUUUAAUGACUCCAAAUUAUUCUAUACUGUAUGUAUUUUCCUGUAUCACUUUGUGUAAAAAUAUUUAAAGUUGUGUACAGACAGGUAUUUUGCAAGUGUGUACGGCUAAUGCAACAUGUACUCUAUUAUUCAACAACUUCAAAUUGGAGUGUCUGUAAAGCAGUUUGUAUAAUCCACCACCACACUAAGUAUGAAUUAUAUGCGAGUUAUAUACAAGUACUACCCGACACCUUUCCUCUUUUACUCACUACGCAGUAGUACGUCCUCUAGUCAACUAAUAUCCAGCUACAAAUCAGUUUUAAGCUGUGGGAUGUGAGCACUUUGAAGCUUUGUCACAUACUACAUCAUAUGAUCGGGACUGACUACACAACCAAAUACGAAUGUUUGUCUCAAGGUUUCAGUUGUCAUCAUACAGCAGAGAAAGAAAGAAGCAAAACGAUGGAAAUGUGCACAGUUGUCCGUCUUCACCGAUGGUGGCUGCAUGUUUCAUCGUGGCGCACUCAUUCGCCAUCGACAAACUGAAAACCACAUGAGGCUUCAGCUGCAUUUAGGUUAACUUAAUCAGAGAAACUAGUUUGGCUUUUAAGCAAUGACAACAAAUCACUUCCUGUGUUUUGAAAAACGGACGACAUGCUGGCGGGUUUCUUGUUCGUGUCAGAGUGUGAGAAGAUGCUGCACUGUGGCUGGUGGUGCUGGGAUGUCGUUUUUGCAACCACAACCUGUUGGGCAGCAGCAGCACCAGCAGCAGCAGCAGAGCGAUCAUGUCCCACUUGACCUCACAGCGCACACACACACACACACACUUUUACUCUGCAACACAUCCGCACACACACACACACACAAGCUGUGCUGAGGUCCGUCACAUUAAGACUACAGGUUCAGGUUCAAGUUCUCUAUCCUUUAGCUUUUGUCACCCUUAAAAUCUAAAAACCAUCUCAUCUGUUUUUCUUCUCUUUCUUGUGUGUCCUGACAGCAAACUGACUCCUUGGUUUACUCAGGUGCUUAGCAGAGAGACAAAUCCAGCGUUAGAUUAAAAUGAAACAUCUCUUUAAGCUGUCAUAAUAUCCCUCAGAGGAACUCAGGAGACAAACGAAUAGGUCCGACAGAAACGGUCUGACUUGUCCUUCUCGUCUUGCUCGGCGCCCAGGGAGACCUCAGCACUAAUGAGAAGUAACGGCUACUCUGCAGGGUUCGAGUGGUGGAACAACACUGCUGCCAUUCAUGGACUUUUACGAGUGUGAUAAGCAAACAGAAAGCAACAGCAGAGGUAUUCAAAGAGUCACUUUUUCUCUCUCUUUCUCUAAUAUUUCUCUGUAAAUACUCCUAAAAAUAAACUGGAACUUGAGCUGAAA